UGUGUGCCCGCCGGAAUCAGACUGCUCCAUCCUCUCGUAACCAUGGCGUAUCCAUGAGGAGGACAAGGUGGCACUCGAUGCUCCAAGCUACAUUUUACUUUCGCAGUGAUGUCUCGGUUUCUCGGCUUUCCUUCGCCAUGUACGAGCUCCCUGGUUACCUGUUGUUAGCGCUGUUAAUUUUCUCUGAGGAUGUGUUGACGACGCGAGCGGGUGGCGGCCCCACCGCCGCUGGACCAGCUGUGCUGGCAAACGACAAUGUCAACUCCAUCCUGCAGAAGGCCCUCGCUAGCCCGCAGCGGCUACAACACCUUCACCGCCAGGUUCGCAAGGCCUCGGUCUCCACAUCAGUGUCGACGUUCACGCUGAAGGUGCAGGUGAAGGACCUGUGGAGCAGGCAGUACCUGGGCCGGGCGCGGGUGGAGGUGUUCGUGAACCACACGCGCACCAACGCAGCUCUCACCGAGGACGAUGGGGCCGUCCUGCUCCGGGUGCCCUACAGCCUGGGCUCCAGCCUGACCAUCCUGGCCCGGCGCGACGGAUACGUGCUCGCGCCCCUGCCCUGGAGGACCGCCAAAAUGCCAAUAUUUUCCUCUGUGACGCUGUCGCUGUUCCCUCAAAACCAAGGCAACAUCUGGCUCUUUGAAGAUUCUGUACUGAUAUCCGGAAAAGUAUCUGAUGCCUCGUCUCAGCCCAGUGUGCAGUUUCCCAAGAACCUCCUGAAGCUUCCGGAACAGAGCAACAUCUCCUCUGUGACGGCUUAUCUGACAGUGCCACAGCUGCCCUCGGAGAAGGACUGCUUCCUGUACACUGUGGCCAUGAGCAAAGGCUAUGGGACAUUGGAGCUGAGGCCGGUGGCAGCAGUCAGUGCUCAGCUCUACUCAGAGGGGGAGGAGAUUCAGGUGACCGGGCCAAUCCAGAUCACACUGCCCCUGCCCGGCCACACCCGCCUGCAGCCCUCUAACGCCGUGCCAGCCUGGACCUUCGACAUGAACACUGGUGCCUGGGUGAAGCAAGGGUUAGGAUUGGUCAAACUGGAUGAGGGUGGCUUGGUCUGGACCUAUGAGGCUCCUCAUCUGGGGUACUGGAUCGCAGCCCCUCUGCCCUCCCCCAGAGGUUAUAUGGGACAUGGUUCUGCUGUGGAGUUCAUCUCAUACCAUACUUACCUUCUCAUGGCCAUCCUCGGAGCGACGCUAGUCAUUGUUAUUGGAUUUUUAGCUGUGCUGUUAUGUUACUGUAGAGGGUGCAUCUGUAAGCCAGCGAAGAAGAAAAGAAGCAGCACUAAGAUGAAGGUCUUCAAGAGGGACCAGACCACCUCCACCAACAACAACGGCGAAGGCUUGUUCCGUUACGAGGACAGGUCUCGACCUCAGAGAGAUGACCUCGCCUCCAGACACAAGAGCAACUUCAACAUCUACGUGGAGGACGUGGGGCGGCCCAGCACCAAGCUGUAUGAGAACGUGGGGGUCCUGGGGGCGGAGAGCCGCCCCGCCCAGCCGCCCCUAUACAUGAACAGCAGUGAGGUCGCCCGCCCUGCGGACACGGCCGAGCAGAAGAGGCUGCAGAUGGGACUCGGCGAGAACGUCUUCUUUCCCGAAAGACUGGUCCACAUUUACAGCCAGCCGGUGGCCAUCCUCCAGGCGCCCGAGCUCUUCCACUCAGCCGAGCAGCUGUCGGGCAGCAAGUCGGCCACCCUGCCCAGGAAGGGCCCCCAGGCUUACGACCCGCUGGCGGAGCCCGGGAGCAAGGACAGCUUCACCCAGACCUUACCCAAGAACCCCCUGCUGUCCCAGCUGCAGCAGGACGACGAGGACCAGCAGGUCCUCCAGGGGCCCCAGGGCAUGGCCUCCAACCCCGGGCCCUGGGGCCGCUACAGCAGCCUGCUGGAGUCGGUGUCCGUCCCGGGGACGCUGAACGAGGCCGUGGGCAUGGGCCCCUUCCGCAGCGAGCUGCAGGGCAUCUCAGAGCAGACCCUGCUGGAGCUCUCCAAGGGCAAGCCCUCACCGCACCCCAGGGCCUGGUUCGUCUCGCUGGAGGGCAAGCCUGUGGCCCAGGUGCGGCACUCCAUCAUCGACCUCCAGAAGAGGAUCCGCCCCCCCGACAGCAACGACACCAGCCUGGACUCGGGCGUGGACAUGAACGAGCUGCAGCCGGGCCGGAGGUCGGAGCGGGAGAAGACCUUCGUGCGGAGCGCCGUCCACAGCCGGGCGCUGUACGCGGACGACCCGGACCUGAGCAGCAGCGAGAGUGGGACCACGGCCGCCUGCUCCCCGGAGGACCCCUCCCUGCGCAGCGCCCUGGGCGGCAGCAGCGGGGCCAUCCCAGAGGAGCGGGACGGGGCCGACACCUCCAGCGCCCAGGAGGACAGCGAGUCACGCUCCACCCCUCCCCCCCGCCGCCUCCGCAAGGUCCGCGACAAGAGCCGCAGCGACAAGCAGAAGACCACCUGGCACCUGCGUGAGGACAGGCCUCUGAUGAAGCUGAACUAGGCCUGCGGACUGCCCCCUUCCUGUCCCAGAAGCCUCUCCAUCCUGUCCCAGAAGCCUGUGCGUUACCUCUAUAAUUCACUUAGAGGAACGAUGAAAAGCUCAAAUUUCCUAUAAGGGAAAGGGGUAAAAGCCCACCUACAGAAGAUUAGCUAGUUCCAAUUGAUUAGCCCAAACUACAAAGAGCACUAAUGACCCCUAACCUCACCAGCACCCCCCUAAAACGAGAAUACUAGCACAAAAUUAGCGCCCCCUGGUGGAGAGGAGUCUGAGCGAGGGGAGUUCAUCACGAGUUUUGGCUGAGUACAAGCAGAAAGUGAUCCUAAGCAGAUUGACAUAUUUCUUGGUUUAGAAAUAUUCAGGUAGUGGAUUUGCUUCAGCCUAGCGGAGACAAACAAUUCAGUGAUGAGAUUAAUUUUUCAAAAGAAGCACCGACGUAUGUCGCACUGAGGCUUAAUAUAUGUAUGCUCAUUUGUGCGCUUUGGGUGAUCUGUGUCGCUGUUGCAUCCUUGUAUAAGCUUGAAAGAGCACAUGGUGAAAGUUUCGAGUUACACAAAGUGUGGUUUUAAUACCCUCCCUGUCCUUUCACUUGUGCCUGAGGGUACAGCCUUUUUGCAUUCAUCUUUAGCACCGAGUGAUUAGCCAUCGUGCAAAAGCACUGCGUAUGCAGAGAUACAUAAAACAUAAUUCAUCUUGGUGCUGUUUGUCACACCUGCUGGUAGUGGGGUAUAAAAGCUAACAUUUUUAAAUAAUUAUAUCGUAUGUUCCUAAAGCACACCACUUUUCUUAUCAGUCUAAGCUUCUGUGAAACGGAUUUGUGAUACUAUGGAGUGUGAGUUUGAAUAUGGAACAGAACGGUAUGAGCAAAUCUCUAUUUCUGACCUGUAAAAACUGCUCCAAUACACCUAGAAAAGGGGCAAGUGUCCAUUUAAUAAUUUUCUGGGUUAUAAUGUGAGCAGUUAAUCUGUUUGUAACAAAGAUCACUUUUUGCUCAAAUAAAUGACCAGGUUCCUUCACUAUUUCCUGCAUUAUUGUAAAGAAAAAAGUGGCCCGUGUUUGUAUCAAACAUGUUCCCAUAUGUAGCAUUACAUCCUCUCAGUGCUUUAUUUAGCUGAAUGUCUAGCUUGUGUCGUUCCAUGUUCACUUAUUGUUAAUUGUACUGAGACCUAUAAUAGUCCUGUAAAUUGUCACAGAAGAUCGGUGUUGGUUUAUAGCUGUAGGUAUGCUGGGUCCAGGGAUUUGUUUUGGGCCUUUAGAUGUUUAAUGAGGAGUAUGGCACAGUAUACUCUACUAACGCACGUAUAAUACACGUACGAUGGUUGAAUUUGCAUUGCUGGAAAUAUCAGUCAGUCUACGAGACUUCAGGGCAUGCCGUCCAUCACAGAUAGUCUGUAAAACCUGUUGCAAUGUUCGACCUGUUGGAGAGCAGCUGGCCAGCUGAGAUAUCGCUUGGUUUUGCAUUAUUUUGCCUUUUUUAUUUGAAUUUAUUGUGUAAGUUUGUUGUUUUUGCCUGGAACCCAUGAGGGGGAAGGGCGAAUACUUUUUGUUAUUUUGUGUAGGUGAGGGCACUCUCUCUCCAUGCGGCAAACAACAACAAAAAUCCCUGAACUGCCGCAUUUCCCUCUCGGGGGAGGACACAAUUUUGGCAGGAAACAACAACAGUUAUUUAAAUGCUCCUAUUCGUCUUUGUAUAAAAAAAAAAUGUAAAUACAAAAGGUCAGCUGUUUAAAAAGUUGCAGCAUUGCACAACAAUAAGAGUAAUACUGUACUGUUGGCAAAACGGUGCGGCAACUUUUUUUAAAAUUCGCCAACGAUGAAACAAAUAAAAUGUCAAACAUUAAAUUGUCGAUAAAAUGUGUCCCUUAAGCACUUCAAUUUAUAUUCACUGUAGACAUUUUAGUUUAAUUAAGGCCAUCCAACCUUUGUGCUUCCCUGUCUUUUAUGUGUUAGUUAGUGUUAGUUACCUCAUUUAGAUUUUUGUAAAUGAUAAAUGUAUGGUCAUAAUGAUGUAAAUAGAAUUGACUAAGACAAAUAAGAAAAAGCAACGGCUUUCCUGCCUUGCACAGUAUUAAAUUGGUCUAAUCCUGAAUUAAUUUCUGUAAAUUGAGUAGACAGAUAUCCCUGUUUAACAUGACCUUAUUACAUAAUCAAAUCUAUAAUGUCAAUAUAUACCUUCAAUGCGUCGUCAUUUGACAUGAUCCGGUUAAUGACCCUUGAUUAGCACAGUGAAGUGAUGCAUGUCAUGCAGAUUGAUCGAUUUCCAACGACUGUCGGCUGAAUAAAAGCCGAGGCAAUACUAAAGUGACUGCACAAGAGUGAGAGCUUACAGAGCCGACGAUGUGACGGACUGAAACGCCAUCGUAACCACGUGAGCUCCCGACGCCAUGUAUAUAUACUGAUUACGUACCAAUUAUAAACAUAAGCAAGGACCCCGUUGAUUUGUAUUGUAAAAGGGGGGCGUCUGACACCUUCAGUGAAGAAACCGUGUUCGUGUGAAGAUUCCCGAGCCGUAGAGGCUGUGGGUGCAUGGUCGCAUGCCUGUCGUCUGUCCGCCAUAUGUACCGACUCUCAGACCUCCCGUUAUAUGGAGGGGAGUCUCCUGUUAUGUGUCCAAUGCCAAAAAGUUCAUGGUCUGCCUUUUCUGUACCGUUCUCAAAUUUAUUAUGAAUAAAGUUUCUUGCCAGAAA